AUGGAUCGUGCCGACCGCCUCAUCGACCAAGACGAAGCCGAGCGAAACUCGUUCGUUCAGCAUCACGUCGUCACCGGUCGAGGCUCACUGUUCCCCGUGCAGGGCGAUGCUUCUCGCUCCAAGCUCGAUGAGGUCGCAAUCAACGAUGUGAUGGUGUCCUACAUCGUAGACAACGACGUUGAAGGGCUCGAGACGACUCGUAUCAUCAAGUACGCCGAUCUCAGUCCGCAUCACAGCACGAUGUCGCACGAGGACUUGGCAGAGCUCUUGAAGAAGCACCAGUUGAGCCGUUCCGGCGAGCUCUCGUACAUGCUCGCGACGCCCCGAGUCGAUCGCCAUGCUCGUCUGGUACUUCCCUCCGGCGUUGAGACUUCGGCCGUCCUCAACGACGACUGUGUUCCUCACUCCCCCCCACGCUUUACACUCCCCCGCAAUCGCGUCUCUGCACUCAAAGUUGCACCAUUGACUGAAGCUUCGCCACUGGACGUAGAAGCCUUGGCUUCGAUCGCAUUGGACAUCUGCUCGCAACCUCCAUUUCUCGGGCAGGAUAGCUCAGCCAGACUGCUACGUGAUGCCGGGAACAACGUGCUGGUACCCGCAAAACCGCAUGUCUUCGUCUUGCUGAGCUGUGUCGAAAUCUCUGUAAGCGGAGAGUUGCUUGUAGUCCCCAAAAGGAUCUUGCUCCUUUUCAACUCGGUCAAAGCUGCAGCGAAGCUUGGACUACGCGCGCUGAUUGGGAAGGCCGCGGUGAUCUGUACAACCGCGUCUGUCGCCACGACCUCGAGCUUCAACAUCAUCCAUCAAUCUCACGCAACGUUCUUGGAGGAAGCUGGAUACGCCAGAAAUGUCGAGAUUGCUGGCUUCUUCAGCCACUCCUGGAACGCCUGUCUGCGAAUGUUCAUCGGCUCCGUAAACCAACUGGGUCCGGCUGUAUUUGGUCAGAACAACAAGAACCCGUUCCCGGAAGCAGCUUACCUUAUCAACUCUCCUUCGAUGGACUGCAGCAGGCCUCGAGAUGAAUGA